CCACAAAACCAGAUUGACAACACAAAGGAAGAUAAACAACGUAACUUUACAAUUUCCAAAAGAUAAAUUAGUUUCCCAAACAAACAAACAAUGGAGACGACCAAAACAGCUGCGGAGAAGCUGGCAGAGCGCAAGGCGCGACUACUAGAGCUGCACAAAAAGCGGCAGGAGGCGCGCACAGACAACCACCAGGAAGUGGUGGCCGAGGACGCCCGCAAGAAGCUGCCCAAGAACUGGGAGGCCCGCAAGCGCCAGGCGGAAUGGAUCCUGGCGGACGACAAGGCGCGUUCCGAGGCGCAGGCGGCAGGCAAGGAUUACGAACGCCUCAAGCUGCUGGAGGUCUCCGCCGUGGACGCGGAUCGCAUUGAGAAAAAGCAGAGGCGCAAAGACAACCCCGAUCUGGGUUUCUCCACCUACGAAGCGCAGACAGCCAGGCAAUACAACAGAUUGGUCAAGAGCAUGCCCGCCCGCGACAUGGAGAAGUACGAACGGCAAAAAGAGGAGCUCGGCGACGCCUUCUACGGCGGUGCACACACCACUUUGCACUCGAGGACAAAGGACACUCCGGGUGCCAUCAACAAAAUGGUCCAGGAUCUGGAUCAGCAGAUCGAGCGACGCAAGAAGUACUCGCGCAGGAGGAUCUACAAUGACGACGCGGAUGUGGACUUUAUCAACGAGAGGAACUCCAAGUUCAACAAGAAACUGGACAGAUUCUACAGCGAGCACACGGCCGAGAUCAAACAGAAUCUGGAGCGCGGAACAGCUAUCUAGGUUUAGUCUUUCUUUAUUUCGUUACUAUAAGUUUCUAAUUCGAAGAGUACCUAAUUUACCUUGUGUACGAGUAUGUGCAUCAAGGGAUUUCCUCCGAAGCCAAUAAUAGACCAUUUUCAUUAAAUUUUAUUAUAAAACUAA